GAGUAUGGGGUCGAGGCUCCCCUGCUUCGUUUGGUAUUAUUAAAAAGGGGGGUUUUUCCUUGAUCACUUUUAAAGGUUUUGGUAUUUUGUGAAAUAAAGUGUUUAUUACUCUCUUGUUCGUUACUGUGCACUAUGCGGCCCCUUGCGCUGUGCAGUCUGAUGCUGUCUGUCACUUUGAGUUUUGGUACAGAGCUGACGUUUGAAUUGCCGGAUAACGAUAAACAGUGUUUCCACGAGGAAAUCGACGCUGGAGUUAAGUUUGACAUUGACUUUCAAGUUAUUGCCGGAGGGAAUUACGAUGUGGACUGUUCAGUGACAGACCCGACGAACAGCAUUCUGUAUCAGGAGAAGAAGAAGCAGUAUGACAGCUUCUCUCACACCACAACAAGGAAUGGUGUGUACACGGUUUGCUUCAGCAAUGAGUUCUCAACCUUCUCCCAUAAAACCGUCUACCUGGAUUUCCAAGUGGGUCAAGAAGAGCCCAUCCUGCCACAAAUGAACAGAGCUACAGCCCUGACCCAGAUGGAAUCCGCCUGCCUGUCCAUCCAUGAGAUGCUGAAGUUGGUGAUCGAGUCCCAAACAUGGUACCGGCUGAGGGAAACGCAGGACCGGACCCGAGCUGAGCAUCUCCAUGAACGUGUGUCCUACUGGUCGAUGGGGGAGGCUGCCAUUCUGGUUGUGGUCAGUAUCGGCCAGGUCCUCAUGCUGAAAAGCUUCUUCAAUGAGAAAAAAUCAAGAGCAGCAGCUAGUACAACGCGUUGCUUAGGGGAGGCGCUUUACAUAUUGCUGCGCGGCACUGCAGACUCGGCCCUUCUGCUUUCGGAGUGCAUCCCGGCUUGCAGCUACCACUCAUCUCAGCGAAAGAUGGCAAGCUAUCUGAAGGUCCUCAGUUCUCUCGCUCGGUCCGCCGCGGCCGUUUCUAAAAACCCCGUCGUGCUUGCGCCCGCCACGUCCUGCCAGAGCCUCCAGAAGAGGAGCUAUGCUGACCGGCGCAUCAAGGUGACCCAGCCCGUGGUGGAGAUGGAUGGGGACGAAAUGACACGCAUCAUCUGGGAGUUCAUCAAGGAGAAGCUCAUCCUGACCAAUGUUGAUGUGGAGCUGAAGUAUUUUGACUUGGGUCUGCCUUACCGCGACCAAACGGACGACCAGGUUACCAUCGACUCAGCCAUAGCAACCAAGAAGUACAACGUCGCCGUAAAAUGUGCUACCAUCACCCCCGAUGAGGCCAGAGUUGAGGAGUUCAAGCUGAAGAAAAUGUGGAAAAGCCCCAAUGGAACCAUCCGGAACAUUCUGGGUGGCACGGUCUUCCGUGAGCCUAUCAUUUGCAAGAACAUUCCCCGCCUGGUUCCUGGUUGGACCCAGCCCAUCACCAUUGGCAGACAUGCUUUUGGUGACCAGUACAAAGCAACAGACUUUGUGGUGAAUCAGCCAGGAAAAUUCAAGAUGGUGUUCUCUCCCUCAGACGGGAGCAAAGCGAAAGAAUGGGAGGUGUUUGACUUCCCUGGUGGGGGCUGCGGCAUGGGGAUGUACAACACUGAUGAGUCCAUCACUGGCUUUGCACACAGCUGUUUCCAGUAUGCCAUUCAGAAGAAGUGGCCCCUCUACAUGAGCACAAAGAACACCAUCCUGAAGGCCUAUGACGGUCGCUUUAAGGACAUCUUCCAGGAGAUCUUUGAGAAGAACUACAAGGCUGAGUUUGACAAGCUGAAGAUCUGGUAUGAGCAUCGGCUCAUUGACGACAUGGUGGCCCAGGUGCUGAAGUCCUCCGGGGCCUUUGUGUGGGCCUGCAAGAACUAUGAUGGAGAUGUGCAGUCGGACAUCCUAGCUCAGGGCUUCGGCUCCCUGGGCCUGAUGACCUCAGUGCUGGUGUGUCCCGACGGGAAGACCAUCGAGGCAGAGGCUGCCCACGGCACAGUGACCCGGCAUUACCGCGAGCACCAGAAGGGCAGGCCAACCAGCACCAACCCCAUCGCCAGCAUCUUCGCCUGGACCAGGGGGCUGGAGCAUCGUGGCAAGCUGGAUGGAAACACUGACCUGAUCAAGUUCUCUCAGACCCUGGAGAAGGUGUGUGUUGAGACUGUGGAAAGUGGAGUUAUGACCAAGGACCUUGCCGGAUGCAUCCAUGGCCUCGCUAACUGCAAGCUCAAUGAGCACUACGUCAAUACUACAGACUUCCUGGAUGCCAUCAAGACCAACCUGGACAAAGCCCUCGGGAAGUGAAGAGGAGCAGGGAGGCUGGGAGCCGGAGGAUGAUGGGCUGUCGCUAUCCUUUUGUUUUGUACCUCAUUUUUAAGCAUUAAAAGGUCAUAGAAACCACCUCCAGCUGCCUGAUGGGAAGGUUAGUUUGAGUAUGGAAAGCCUCGAGGUGCCAUGUAGCAACUGUACGAUGUGAUGUUCACUUACACCUCUGCCUCUCAACCUCCCAGGGUAUAUUUUUGUAAUAUGAAGUACUGUACUCCAAUAUUGUAUGUAAUUUAAUAUCUCGCCACAACAAACUUGAAGGGCCAUGACAAGCUAGACAAAUAAAACAUUCAUGACUU